GGGCGUUGCUAGCGGCAGAAAGUGGGGUUUUUGCUAUCUUUCCACAAGUUAUAUUCCCGAGCGAACAGCGUCCUGCGUGGGGUGGGGAAAGGGAAAAACCUCGUUUGCUCUCCGUCUGAAGUUUUCCACCCUCUCCGGGGUGUUUAGUCGUUGUUCGCGGCAGAGUGGCUGAUACUUUCUGUCCCGUUAGCUGGCCGCGGAGCUAGCUGCUUUCCAUCCACGGGAAUUCUGCCGAGAAACGACUGAAUUCUGGAAACAUGGAGUCAAGGAGCGCCGCGCUGUGCUAACCGAGCCGCUCCGCUGGAUUCCCUCCCUCCCCCCCUCAAGGAGACUUUUUUUUGUGAAGGACAUAACGCGGAGACACAUCACAAGCCUGUCAACAUUCACGAGGUGUUGUGUAUAUAUAUAUUUGGGUGGUCGGCCGGCUCAUUGUUGUGAACGGGAGUUUGCUUAGUUUGCACACGAAGCAAAGUUUUCUGCUGAAAGAGCUCAUCUGUUUUGUUAGCUGGUAGCUGGUUCGAUUCUACGCCUGCCAGCUUGCCGUGAGAAAGGAUUUUCCUGAGAGAAACCCUCCCGUGUGGGAUUUUUUUUUUCUUUUUACUUAUUUUAUCUCACACCCGUCUCAGCGACUUUGUUUUCGAGUGUAUGGUCUUGCACCGGCGGAACAUUAGCCGCAGUUGUUUUGCUAAUUUCGUAUCACGGCUCGUUGGAAACUCGGUUUCGAGCGAUUCUCAUGGUCACGGGAGAGACGUUCCCGCAGCUACAGACAGGCUUUUCUGGGAGCUGGGACCACCAAAUGGGACUGCAGGAAUUUCCAGCAUCUCCACAGAGCAUUUAGGCACCGCACCGAGGCCACUCGGCCGAGCAAGGGUGGUGGCAGACGGGACUCCAUCGCAGGGCCAGCGUGUCUUUUACAUCGGAAUACGGAUUGUUUACACAUUUCAUAUCGGCGGAAACCUGCGGACGUGGAUGCAAAGGAGUCACACAAGGAGUCCCUACAUGCACGACAACUUGUGCCAGCUGGAGCAGUGUAUUUAUUGUUGUUGCCAUAAUAUUGUUAAUAGCCGGGGCUGGAUGUAAUCUGACUGGACAGCUUCAUACUACCGAGGCCCCGAUUCAUUUGUAAAGUCUGCACUGUGUUUCCGUGCUGCUAUUUGAUUUUAACAAGGACACAUAGUGCAGGUAGGAUUUUUCCUUGCUUCAUCCAGUGUUUGCAACAACACAACACUGUCCUUCGAGUUGAUUCAAAAGCACCGUGCUCAAAAUCCUACUAAAGACGAAUGCCAGGCAAAGACGCUCCAGGAAACUGCCUCACCACACUCUGGAAAAUGUUAAUAGGAUAUAAUUUGCUGCAAAUCUAGAACAGGAAGCCCAAUGAGUGACACACAGUCCAGCUUCACUGACAGGUUUCCCAAGAAAGCAAACAGAACCAGCAGCAUUCUCAGUAAAGACCACCCGCCAGACAAGAAACCCAAAAGUGACAAAAGUUCACUUCCCUCCAAUGAGUUUGACCCUACAGAAGCUCUGGUGGUGCAGAAGAGUGGCAGCAGCAGUGUGCUAGCAGAGGGGAAGCCUGAGUCCUGUGGUCUGGUCCAGCGAUGUGUGAUCAUCCAGAAAGAUGAAAAUGGCUUUGGGCUCACUGUCAGCGGCGACAACCCAGUGUUUGUGCAGCUUGUCAAAGAAGAUGGGGCUGCUCAGCGGGCCGGUGUUCAGACAGGAGACAGGAUCAUCAAGGUUAACGGGACCCUUGUUACACAUUCUAAUCACAUAGAGGUGGUGAAACUCAUCAAAUCGGGCUCCUAUGUGGCCCUCACAGUGUUGGGGCGUCCUCCGGGGCUCGCCCAGAUCCCUUUGCCUGAAGCAGAGCCUGAAAUGUUGGGCGUUAGCUUAUCCUCACCAAACUCCCCAGCUACAGAACGCCCCUACAGUCCUCAGGACCGCCUCUCUGCUACACAGUCACCAUGGGAUGAAAAUAGUAUUGUCUGCAACCAGAAGGCUGACAUCUUACAAAGGAUGCUCUCAAAAGAGCAGCAGGAGCUGCAGGCAAUGAAGGAGGAGUACAGCAGGAAUCCCUCCCCCAAACUACUGAAAGACAUCCAGGAAGCUAAAAAACACAUUCCUCAGCUGCAGGGUCAGCUCUUCAAGGCCACAGGGACAACACAGGAUGCUGUUCUCGGUGGUGAUGCAGAUGAUGGUAGCAUGUUUGAGACAGAGCGCACACUGGCUUCUAAAGGGGACAACAGCUCAGACCUGUCCUGGAGCAGCACUCCUCUAUCUCGCACAUUCGGGCCUGGAUCUCCAGACAGCCUGUGUCAAAGGGAGUCAUCCUUCCCCAGCCCAAAGAGCACACCAAGGAACAGCUACAACUCCUGCCACUCCCCAGAGACAGAGGACGUCACGGACCUGGACUCUCUGUCUCCGACCACAGUCAGCAGUCCCUCCUCCUCUCGCCUUGUCUCGCAAAUCAUUGGCGCUGAAGACGACUAUUUUGAUUCGGAUCAAGAGCAGACAAAUGGCCAGUGUAACAGCUUUAACAGUAUUGAGCAGCUCAAAUCUCGCCCCGCCCACCUCGCUGCCUUUCUGCAUCAUGUCAUAUCUCAGUUCGACCCCGCUCCUGUGCUGUGCUACCUCUAUGCUGACCUCUACAAGCAGACCAACUCCAAAGAGACCAGACGGGUGUUCAUGGACCUCCACUCCUUCUUCAUUGACCGGGGAGCAAAUUUAAAAGUCCCUGUUCCUGAAUCGGUGUCCUCUGAUCUUGACCGGCGGCGGACGGAGCUGAUCCCAGAGGAAAUAAACAGACAACAUGUUCAAACGCUGCAGGACUCUCUGCUUCCCGACAUCCAGAAAAAUCUUGAGGAUUUCAGGCAGAAGCGCAGUAUGGGCCUCACCGUGGCUGAAGUAGAGCUUUCCAGGUUGGACCAGGAGAGAAUCAGAGACCGUGUCACUCUGGAGCGAGAGCGAUCGUACGCUGAAAACAUCAUCAUCAAGAUAGACGACGUCUUGUUAACUACUCAGACCACAGAGGAAGAGAAAUGCACUACAAUGCAGUAUGUCAUCUAUACAUACAUGAAGCACCUUGGUGUGAGGGUCAAGGAACCUCGCAGUCUGGAAGCCAAACGAGUCCGAAUCAGCUUCCUUCCCAAGAUCAAGAAAAGCAUCAAGACAGAAAAAGAAGGAGAGGAGAAAGUGAAAAAGCCCAGAUUUCCGAGUAUCCUUGGACCUCAGCGUCGACCCAGCCGCAUUGAAGCAGCAUCAGUGGGCAAAGCUCUGGACGGCCGACCCCGGCCUCAGAAACAGCUGUCUCAGCCCACACUCGGGGCGAGCGACCAUAUGGAGGCUGGUCGUCUGAGAGGCAGCCAGUCAAGCGAGGGCUCUGAACUCACACACUCCAUGUCUGUCAACACCUCAUCUCCAAACAGCGCCACCUACAGCUCAGACACCAGUCGAGACGCUGAUAUUGGUGGCACGCCGACUUCAGGCACCCCCAGACUGAGUGACGGCCUUCAGUCUGACCCUCUGGAUGGGUUACCGUAUCCUGCUUCGCACUUUGACCUUUAUAGCCUGGACCAACUUCAAGAGGAUGACAGAGAAAGCGACAGAGCUCACGAGGGAACACCAAAGGCCAUAAGAAGGCUGGAGGGAAUGGGCGCUGCUGAUGUCCAUAGCGAGGACGACCAAGGGACAGACUCCGAGCACGAUCCACCAAACUGGCAGCAGCUGGUGGGACGAGAGGUUUUAGCAGGUCUCAGACCUCAUGAAAUCAAGAGACAGGAAGUCAUCAAUGAGCUGUUUUACACGGAGCGUACACAUGUGCGAAUGCUCCGAGUACUGGACCAUCUUUUCUACCAGAGGCUCACUAAAGAGGGCAUCCUGCCUGCUGCAGACAUUAAGAACAUCUUCACCAACCUGGAAGAGAUUGUGCAGCUGCAUGUUUCAAUACUUGAGCAAAUGGUGGCGGUGCGGAAGAGAAAUGAGUCUUCAGUAAUUGAUCAGAUAGGAGAUGACUUGCUCUCCUGGUUCAGCGGCGGAGAGGAGGAGAAGAUCAAGCAGGCGGUCGGCACGUUCUGCAGCAACCAGCCUUUUGCUUUGGAGAUCAUCAAGACCAAGCAGAAGAAGGACUCCAGGUUCACAUCAUUCAUCCAGGAGGCAGAGAGCAACAGACUGUGUCGCCGACUGCAGCUUAAGGACAUCAUUCCUGUAGAGAUGCUGCGGCUCACAAAGUACCCCCUGCUACUCGACAACAUCGUCAAGUACACAGACAACACAGUGGAGAAAGACAAAGUCAAGCAGGCGGCAGACUGCUGCAGAAACAUUCUCAGUCACGUCAACCAGGCUGUGAAGGAAUCUGAGGACAAGCAGAGGUUGGAGGACUAUCAGAGAAGAUUGGACCUCUCCUCUCUAAAGCAGACGGACAACCCCAUGAUCCAGGAGCUAAAGAAUCUGGAUCUAACCAAGAGAUCAAUGGUGCACGAAGGUCCGCUUUCAUGGAAAGUGAACAAGGACAAAACUAUUGAGCUGUACACUCUGCUCCUGGAGGACAUCCUGGUCCUGUUGCAGAAACAGGACGAGCGCCUCAUCCUGAAGUGUCACAGCAAGAACUUGGCCGGCACUGCGGACACAAAGCACAUCUUCAGCCCCAUCAUCAAGCUCAACACUGUGCUGGUGCGCUCUGUGGCCACAGACAACAAGUCCUUCUUCGUUCUGUCCAUGUCCGAGAACGGAGCUCAGAUCUACGAGCUAAUGGCCCCAACAGUCUCAGAUCAGAGGACGUGGCAGCGACUGAUCACCCAGAGAGCCGAUACCAUGAAAGUGAAGCCUCACAGCGUCAUACCGUUACCUCAGACUGAUGGAGACAGAGACGGCGUGGAGAUGAUCACAGCAGGUGUUUCCAGGCUGAGUCGAGACCCGGAUCGCACGUCCACCGGAAGCACCCAGUCCACAGAUAAAGAGAGCAGUCCAGCCUCCAGAGGAGCGCUGCAGUCUUCAGUGCCUGGUGGUAAUCCAUUUGAAGAAGUGAAGGCCGAGGAAGAGGAGGAGGAGGAGGAAGGCUUCGUGGACCCGGAGCUUCCUUAUCAAGCUGCCGAGGACAUUCGAGGAGGAGACUCAUUCAACGUGUUUCCCUCCAGGGCCGACGAGGCCCUGAAAACACUGGCGGCGCUGAAGCAGGUGCUGGUGACCCAGCUGAUGUCCCAGGAGGCGGCGGAACAGAGCAAGCGCUCCACGGGGGCCCGCCUCCUCAGGACCACCUCGCUGCGGACCCCCAUCGACAGCCGGGCCCGGGUGAUGGUCCACAACGGCUCCGAGAAGACCAGCUCCCAGACGGAGGACCUGACUCAGGACCUGGGCUCAGGAGACACCGGCUUCUUCGACUCCCCAGAGGAUUAUGCGGGAUAUCUGGUCCUGGAGGGCUACGGCGGUCCGGGCGAGAGCAGCACAGACGAUGACAUCUUGGCAGCGGCCACGGGGAAGCAGCUGAGCGCCUCCAAGGGCUGCGCCGCCGACUCGGGCAUCAAUCUGCGGUUCUCCUCCACCUCGCAGGCCGGCAGCCUCUCGUCUUUCAGCAGACAGGUCCUGUGCCAUCUCCGCAGUCUUCAGGCCAACCUCAACUAUCUGAAGGACGUUGAGGCCAAGUACAAUAAUCUAAUACGCCAAAGGCCGGAGAGGUCAGCAGCAGACGCGGAGGGAAACAAAGAGAAGAGAUAGUGGGAGAGUCUCCGGUCCCAAAGAGGACGCACCGAGCGGCAGUCUGCUCCUCCUCCUCCUGUCCUGGACUUUUUUCUGGACGUCCUAUAAGCUUGUCCUCUCACUGCUGAGCCCCGCUGUCGUUACUUUUCCUCCACCGCCGUCGCCACAGACAACAAGAGACUUGAAGUGUGAGAUGAAAACGUUUGGCGGGAGGAGCCGCCGCUGGGACGCCGCAUCCGCUCCACCCUCCUCAGCACAAGGCAAUCAGGGAAGUGGGAUUGCCCCCAGAACCUCGCCCUCCGCCCCCUCCCUCCUCCUCCUCCUCCUCCAUUUAACACUCCCACCCCCCUCCGAACUCCCUGCAAGAAAGAGAACUUAUACCAAAAUGUACAAAGAUGUGUGUUUAGAAUAUAUAUAUGAAACACAAAACAAGAAAAGGAAAAUUUUAAGAUAAUGUAUUAAGAUUUUUUUUAUCCCAAGAUGUAUUUAUUUUCUUUCUUUUUCAUUUUUUUUUUUUUAAGUGUUUCCCACAUUGCUUGCAUGCUUUUUUUUUUUCCUUCUUUGGCCAUGGCGUUACCUUUUUUUGUUUUUGUUUUUUUUUUUUUGGCUGCUUGAUUCACACGGGUUGAGUGUGAGCGUUGAGUGACCACGAGCAUACGAGCACCCUGUGACGAAAAGGCAGGACUAUACUCAGACUGAUAGAGGCCAGAGUUGCACUGGUGGUGAAUAGAUCUCCUUGUGUUCAAAACCAACAAAUAAAGAAACCUCUUGAGUUGUGUUCAAGUCUAGAAUUUGCCAUGAAUUCUAGGUGUGGUGUAAACUAGAAUGAAGAGUCGCUCGGCUCUGAUCUGGUCCUGUUGCAUUUCUGAUCUGACUCCUUUUGUCCUCGUCCUGCUCUUCCUCGCUAUGAGGGACUACUUUCUUUCUUCUUCUUCUUCUUCUUUUUUUUUUUUUUUUGCUUGUGACUCUCGCUCCCUCCCCUUUUCUCUCUCCUGUGAACAUGUAUGGGUGUCAUCCCUCCGCUCCUCCCUCGCAGCCCAGUGGAUUUCCAUGCUUAUUUAUCCCCUCCUGCACUCUAUAUGCCAUGCUUCCUGCUCUGCCUCUGGGUAUCUGUCGU